AAAUUGUCUGAACGUUAGCUGUCGGAUUAUUGGCACAGCUUUUCUGACCAUUUACCAGGUCCCCGCCUAUAUGUCUGCAAGCAGAUCUUUCGGUAUCUCCCUGACUCUCCAUUAACCUCUGCAAGAUCAAAUUUUGAUCACUGCCCAUUAAUCAAGAACCUGAGCAAAGGUAGAACCGACGAAGGGUUGGCUUAAUCUUAUGCCCGCAGACCUCUGCAGAGGUUGGAGUAAUGGAUGGUAAAGGACAGGUGAGGGGCCAGCUGGGGCUGAAAGUUGGGCUUGGAGUUGGAGUUCUUGUGGCUGUCGCCUUCUCGUUCAUCUUGCCCAGAGUCAGAGAGACUAACUUGGCCUCCCCCGGUGGCCCCGGGACCUGCCGUUUCCCGGCGAUUUACAACUUCGGGGAUUCGAACUCCGACACCGGGGGUAGGUCCGCGGUGUUCUAUCGGAUCCCGUCCCCAUACGGGGAGACUUUCUUCGGUAAAGCUUCGGGCCGGUUCUCGGACGGUCGGCUCAUCAUCGACUUUGUAGCUGAGAUGCUUGGAUUACCUUCCGUAUCAGCAUACUUAGACUCCGUGGGAUCCGAUUUUCGACAUGGUGCGAAUUUUGCAAUGGGUGGAUCAACUAUUCAGCCAGUCAACGGCAGACUGUUCGAGGCAAGGUUCAGCCCCAUCUCUCUCGAGAUUCAACUCUCCCAGUUUCAGCAGUUCAAGGCACGGGCACGUGAGCUUCACGGCAAAGAUGUUACGAGUGGCAUUCCCAAUCCUGAAGAUUUCUCGAAGGCUCUUUACAUGAUGGACAUUGGUCAAAAUGAUCUAUGGGCCGGUGUUACAUUGGCAACAGAAGAUCAAUUGAGAGCCUCGGUUCCCAAUAUCACUAAUAGGUUUGCUUCAGUUGUUGAGCAACUGUACAAAGAAGGUGCAAGAGCCUUUUGGAUACACAAUACCGGUCCCAUUGGCUGCUUGCCAAUGUCCGUCAUGCUCAAUCGUCAGAAUCCCGAUAAUAUGGACCCAAUUGGUUGCGUGAAAUCCCAAAACGAGAUUGCUCAGGAGUUCAACCUGCAGCUCAAGGAGAAAGUGUCUGAACUACGAGCUAAGCUCGUAGAGGCGCGGCUGACUUAUGUUGACAUCUAUUCAGCAAAGUACGUGUUAAUUGCCGAAGCAGAGAAGCACGGUUUUGUCGAUCCCCUAGGUUACUGUUGCAGUCGUGCUGGGGAUGCUUACAUUCCAUGCGGGAUGAAGACCGUUGUGAAUGGAGAAGAGGUCUAUGGCUCAGCUUGCAGCAACCUGUCGCAGUACAUCAGCUGGGACGGGAUACACUACUCUCACGUGGCUAACGAGUGGGUGGCUAAAAAGAUAGAGGAUGGGUCCUUCUCGGACCCGCCGGUACCCAUAUCAAGGGCAUGCCAUAACUUGUAGCUUGUACAUUUUAGUCGCAGUACAUCAGCUGGGACGGGAUACACUACUCUCACGCGGCUAAGGAGUGGGUGGCUAAAAAGAUAGCAGGUGGCUCCUUCUGGGAACUGCCGGGCAUGCCGUAAUUUGUAGCUUGUACAAUUCAGUAAAAAGGAAUUUAGAUUAUUGAAUUCGACGACUC